CCCCACCCCUUCAGAAUUGUUUUUUUGUUAAUAUGAAAACUUGAAAGGCACAAAUACAAUGAUAUUAAACGACGUCGUUGAAGUUGAUGUUGAAUAGCAGGACAUUUUAUGCCCUAGCCUAAGCAAAUCAAAUCCAAGACCAAAACCCUCCGUAGUUGUGGCGGCAGUAACAGACAGAGGGCGAAGAGAAUGGGAAGGUCGCGAAGAAAAUACAAGCAAUCCAGGAGCAAGGUCCGAGUAGGGCUUCCCAAGAAGAACCCUAGGCUUUUCAAACCCUCUUUCUCCGUUCCCCCCAAGCUCGUGCAAUCCCUCACCGACGAGCCCCUAUGGGACGCCGAAGGCACCGUUAACCACAACUACCACUCCUUCGGCGUUCUCACCGACCCCAACGCCAUCGCUGUUCCUUCUCCCGCUCCUCCAACCGUCGAUUCCGGCAGCGAUCUCGAAGAAGACGACUUGAAAUCAGCCCUAGGAAAGAAGCGUAGAGAUGGAAGAAGUGCGCCUCCUCAGCCCUUGACUGCGAUGCAAAGGAUUCAUAUCAGUCGCCUUGUUGAUAAAUAUGGAGAUGAUUAUCAGAGUAUGUUGAUGGAUAUAAAGCUGAAUCCCAUGCAGCAUUCAAUUGGGACUUUGCAGAAGCUGUGCAUUAGGUAUCAAAUGUAUCAAGAGAAGAACCCGCUCAUUAGGGCCAAGUGAAAUGGAAGGUUAAUCCCUAGAUAGAAUCAUUUUGCCAAAAUUAUGUGACUGAGGAUGUCAUCAGUGAGAAAUUUUGAUGCUUUUGAAUUAUAAGUUAUUUAUGGAUUUUUGUUGUGAAAGAUGAAGCAUUCUGGGAUCUUCCUAA